AUGUCUGAAUCCAGGCAGCGCUCCCUGUCUACAUCAGGCGAGUCUCUUUACCAAUUAAUGGGACUAGAGAAAGGUUGCACACAUGAUGACAUAAAAAAGUCCUACAGAAAACUAGCCCUUAGAUACCAUCCGGAUAAGAAUCCUGAUAACCCUGACACAGCGGAGAAGUUCAAGGAGCUGAACAGCGCUCACACCAUCCUGUCAGAUGUUACCAAGAGGAACAUCUACGACAGUUAUGGCUCUCUGGGACUUUACGUAGCUCAGCAGUUUGGGGAGGAGAAUGUCAACACAUACUUUAUGCUCUCUACCUGGUGGGCCAAGAGUCUUUUUGCCCUGUGUGGCGUUAUAACAGGGUUCUACUGCUGCUGCUGCCUGUGUUGCUGCUGUAACUGCUGCUGUGGGAGGCUCAAGCCCACGCCUCCUGGAGAGGGAGCAGAUAGCUAUGUCUCCCCCGAAGACCUGGAGGAAGAGAUCCGCAAUGACAUGGAUGAUGGAGACACUCCAGUGGUACACCAGCCAACUAAUGCUAGUGAGAAGACACAAUUGAUUGGGGACCGAAAAUACCAAAGAGAUUCCUAUACCUGAGCUCAGAGCAUCAUGACAUCAGCAAAGCAUAAUCCGUCAAUGUACACUACAUGACUGCUUAAUUCCAUAAUAAGACAUGAAAUGACUAAUGUAAAUAACUUGUGUACUUUGUUUGCUUUUGUUCACAGUAAUUUUGUUGAGCUAUUUUUGUUCAAUGGCUGCAGUUCAUGUUUUAGUUUGUUAGUCUCCUGAUUCAAGUCACUCUGAAAACCAAUCAUGUCACU